AUGUCCCUUUAUCUCUUCCUUCCGCUCCUUUCAUCUCUUAAUCAACCUCUCCUCCCCUCUUUCCCUUCUCUCCCUUCGCCCUCGUCCCCCCUUCUACUCUCCCUCCGGCCUCUUUCCCCCCCUCCUUUCCCCUCCCCGCCCGUUCCCCCGCCUCACUUCCCCGCAGAUGGCGCAAUUCGCCCCCCGACGCGCGGACCCUGCUCCACAGCCUUCCAGACCCUCACUAUCAGCACACAGGCGGAUUUUAAUCUCCGAACUACCUACUCCAACACCACCACCGUCGUCCUAUACCUCGCCGGCAACGUCACCUUGAACUCCUCUUUAUUCUUCACCUCUAAUUUCUCCUGCUCGAUCAUCCGCGCGCUUCCGAGCCUCUCCUACAUGCCCUGGCUUUGGUACACCCGGAUCGACGCGCCGGCUGUACGCGUUUUAGGCGCGACCAACGUGCAGUUCAUCGGAAUUGGGAUCGGGUUUCCGUUUCAGUACACUUCGGCGGGGAUGGUCGCGUGUGGCGGGCUACCAGAGUUCCCCAGCAGGUGGACGUGCCCGGUGCUGCACCUCUAUCGCGCGUGGGCUGUUACCUUCGCUAAUGGGCGCAUUCACGGGCGCACAGAUGUGUACCGGUCUGGCGCAACGGAGUUCAGCUACAUGAAGCUGUGGCACGACUACUACGACCGCGACCUCGUCUUCCACAGCUGGAGCGUCAUCCGCUUCGCCAUGUGCGGGGAUCCCGUCAACCUCAUCCGCUCCCUCAACCGCGUCACCAACUGCGAGAUCCGAGGCUCGUGGACCCCAGUCCUCAUGUACGCGGGGACAGUGGGCACCAUCAUUGCCAACAACUUCAUCACGGACUUCCAGUUCGGCGGCGUGCAGUGCGGGCAGGGAGACGGGAACGUGGCGGAUUGCAUGCUCAACACGAUUCAGGACAACAUCAUCACGGCGGAGAGUGCUAUUUACCCCGUGCCGAAUGGAGAUGGAUCCGGGAUCUACUACGACCUGCACUGGUACAACCCUGGCAACCUGGACACGUGCAACUACGUCAUAGCAGGCACGCAUUGCUACUACCUGGACUUUGCCACGUCAGGGCUCACCAUUGAUGGCGCUGUGUGCAUUCGCAACCACGACGGUGUGAAGAUCAACACAGGCCACGGCAAUAAGAUUCAGAGUGUGAUUGUGGUGAAGCCGACGUGGCAGUCGGGCAUCAUGAGCUGCCAGAACUGGUGUGACAACAACUGCCACUCCUGGGCGGGCCGAGGGCUCGGCUACAAAUGGUACACCACCUUCAUUUCACGCUUCGAAACGCCAGGCUGGCGCAAGAACUGGCCGUUCCUAUCGAAUCUGUGCAACCGCACGGAGUGGGCGCCGGGCAUCCCGUGCAACCCCUCGCCGCCCGUGGAAGCCGCUAAGAACUGGACCGGUUACUGCUCGCAGCACCUGGGAUACAACAACGGGAAGCAGCUCUCCGCGAGCGCGAAUGUCACGGCGAAUUGCAGCGGCGUUCCCGGGCUGAACCAUGUGGAGAUGAUCGUAAUCAACGGGACUGGCGGACGGUGGAAUCCGUACUAUAUCAACUGCGACGCGCUGCCGUCCGUCCGGCCAACAAAUAACAUCACCACCACCACGACUAACUACCCCUGGGGUUUCUUCGAUUUUGACAAUGUUACGGGAGAGGAUUUCGGCGUGUCGAAUCUUAGCUCGCGGAUGUAUCAGUUGUACCCGCAUUUUAUGACGUGCAGCAGGCGGAGGGCGGGAAUCCAGCGCCAAAUGCGGGCGUUAUCGGCGGCCGCGAGUACUAUCCAGUCUUCGUUCGGAGUUAACCCUGCCUCAUGGUGGCACGACGUAUACGCCUCGAUUCCUUACAACAAGGAAAUUAGCAGCAGGAUUGUGUCGGAGAAGCUUCUGAAGAGGAUAAGCACGAACCGUCCGCGGCAGAACCCAGGGCAGAAAGAGAAGAAAACUGGGAACGGCGGAAUGGGAUUCCAGAUGCCGACCAUUCCUGUUGGAGGCGGAGGAGGCGGUGGGAAAGGGGGAGGCUGGUCAGUUAGCAACUGGUGGAAGAGGAGGAAAACGCUUGAACGCGGAGCUGGUUAUGCUGACGCGGACGACGUCGAAGGGGAGGAGGAAUCCAUUGAGCAGGAGGAGUUGUACGAGGAGUUCGACUCGCCGAACAAGGACGAGACGCGCCACGAGCAUUUCAACGUGCUUGAGUAUGAUCCCUAUGCUGGAGGGGACGACAGGCUCGGGGGAGAUGCUUUUGACCACCUGUGGAUAUGA